UUUUCGAAAGCGUGUGAAUUUUUGCAAUGAAUAGUUAAAACCGGUGUGUUUUUUAAGCGGACUCAAAGUUAAUUUCUCAAGUUAGCAUUACACGUUCUGUGGUCGUCUUAUAACAAUUACAAUCACAAAUUGAAUUGUGAAUAUGUCUAACAAAAUAAUAAAUUGUUAAUACCUCCUUGCGCCGUAAUAAUAAAAUAAUGUGGAAACGUCUAUGCAUAAUUAAAGCUUGGAUUUGUUAAAAUCUAAUUACGACUCUGAAUCAAUUGCCGGCAUAUUCAGGAAAUCGCGUGUGUUAACAUUCAAGUUUAUCAUUAAAUAACAAAUCCGUACCUCCUUAACAUUUGGUAAAACAGAACAUUCAAAUUCAGAGGCUAUGCAAUGAGGAACAGAAGUGUUUAGCACCUUUCAGUGCACUGCUGGACCAGAAGCAAGUGCCUUUUGCGAACCUAAACCAUCAUUAUUCAUACUCGCGAUUGGAAAUUAGUUUAAGCUCAACUGACUAUGUGCACACGCUAGGUUACAUACCUACAGAUGUUGACAAUUCAAUCGGCAUUGGAAACAGAUACCGAUUAAUACUUCGACUUCCACGAAAAUACUUAUUAGCCGGAAGGAUUACAACUAUUAAGAGCGAUGCUCUCUGGAAGCAGAGCAGAAAGUGAAAUCUGUAGAGCAACUACAACGACAUUACCUGUAGUGUCCGGGCAACAACAACAAUAUCAGGGAACAACACCUAAACAGAUGCGUAAGAGUAAAACCAAUCCAACGAGCGUCAUGGCACGCAACAACAAUGCUGGCGGCGGUGGUGGUAGCGGCGGUGUCGGUGGCGGUGGCGGUAUGAGUGGCAGUGUUGUUACAUCUUCGAAGACGCCAACCAUAAUGACGAACAAGGCCAACGUUGACAGAGGUAUUCGUAGUGUUAUAGCCGACGGCAAAGGAUCAGCCACAACUACGAACGGACACGAAGGUGCGGCUAGUUUCGUUGAUGGCAUCGAGAUAUAUUUGGGUCUAAUCGGCUGGCGGAAAAAGUGUCUUUACACAUUACUAUUGCUAUUGAUGCUUUUAAUUAUUACGAAUUUGGUACUGACUUUAUGGAUUCUCAAGGUUAUGCAAUUCUCGACGGAGGGCAUGGGCCAACUAAAGAUAUUACCUGGAGGCAUUCAACUCUCAGGGCAGGCGGUAAUUAUGGACAUGCUGCGCGCAUCUUCAAUACGUUCUCGGCAUGGACAGCCCAUCUCCAUAGAAUCGUCACGUAAUUUUUCAAUAAAUACACGUGACCCAAACGGCGUACUCGAGAAUCAUUUAUUCUUGGGUCAUGAUAAGUUCGAAUGCCUGUCAGCGGGAUUUCGCGUCAACGACACAACCGGUCGAAAUUUAUUUUCCGUAAAUCGAAAUGAAGUCACAAUUGGAGCACACGCGUUGCGGAUCGAAGGCGAGGGAGGGGCCAUCUUUCGAGAAUCCAUUCAAACCCCGCAUGUGCGUGCCGAGCCAGGCCGCGAACUAAGAUUAGAGUCUCCUACACGUCAAUUAGAUCUAACUGCAGCCAAAGACAUUAACUUGCAAUCUCGAGCCGGCGGCAUUGAACUGCUAGCUUUGGAAGAUGUUAAGCUUCGGGCACUGGACGGCAGUUUACGCUUGGAGUCAUCGAAAAUUCUAAUGCCCAAUCUGCGCACGGCGCAACCACCAAUUCUAGGAUCUGCGCAGAGUCGCGAUCACAUGCACCGAGUCUUCCAAUUGUGUGCCUGCUUUAAUGGCAAACUCUUUCUGGCGGCACCCCAUUCAAUAUGCGCCGGGGAUGAUUCCACAGUUUGCAGAUGAUUGGUUAAGCUGUCAAUGCGAUCGUGGAAGUAGAAAAUGUCACAGUUUUCAAUGAAUCAAAAUGAAAAUUGCAAUAUAGCAAUAAUACUUAUAAUUGUACGUAUUAUUUAGCCAUAAACAGACAUUCACGCAUCAAUACAUUCAUACAAUGCUGGCAUAUGUUACAUACAUAUAAAAUAUACUAUUUACACAUAUCUAUUAUGGUAUGCAUACAUAUAUAAUAUUACGCAACAUUAAAUAUGCAUAUAAUAUAUAGCACAUACUCGAACCUAACAUAUAGCGAAGUACAUUAUGAAUUUGUGUCCGCAUGAUCGCUGUAAUGAAUAAUAUGAUAAAUAUGUACAUGCUCACACAACUAUGGCAUAUGAAUAGAAAAUGUUUAUAAAUGUUUGUGUAUAAAGAUAUAAGAUAAAGAGAUGAUGAAAAGAUCGAGGCACCUCUGAGCGCACUACUUGCAUAUAAAUAUCUACGAGUAUGUGGCAUAUGAAGUUUCCAAGCUUGCCAAGCAAACUAACCUAUGAGAAUUAACAUACAUUACAUUAAAUAAUACGCAUUGAUUUGUCCGCAUAAAAUUAUAUUAAAUGAGAGGCCUAUACAAAUUAUAUACGUUAAGAGUAGAAAUAAUCACAAUACAUAUUUAUAUGUUAGGUAUCUCAUAAGUUAGUCCGUAUAUCCUCAAAUAUAUCAAUUCAUAUUCAACACAAUAGAUUUUCAAAUAGUUAUGCAUGCCAAUUACAGUUUACACGAUUAAUUUGUUGAUUAUUGGCUGACUUCAGAUUGCGCCGAGUAUGUGAUGCCCAUAAGGCUUCUACGGAAAGGCUUCUAAACUAACAUCCUUAAUUCUUCGUGAAAGUCAUAUUGGUUCUCUUAUAUUCAUGUUUAAGGAAUUGCCUUGUGAAUCUUGCCAAAAUGCAAAUCCGCAUUACAGAGUUAACUUGAAUGAACGCACUUUGACAUGAAUAUAGGAAUACAGUCAUACAUCUAGUACUAAUGUAAUACAUUUUUCAUUAGUGUACGAUUCAGAUAUUUUUUCCAAACGAAUCGAUACCAUUUACAAAAGAAUGACAAAAUACCGAACUCGAGAACAAAAUCAAGAGCUUCUAAGACACUGGCAUGUUACAUAUAUUUAUGUAUAUGAGAACUCUGCAAAAUAAGAGAUCCCUAAGUAAAUAUUACCGUUAAGAAUAAACUAUAUAGUUCUAGCAAAGAGAUGAGGAAAAAAGUUUAUAAUAAUAGUGAUCAUAAUUUGCAAUAAGUUUGAGUAAUUAUAAAUACAUAAUUAAUACAUCAUUAUUUUCAUUUCAACAUACAUCUAUUAAACAAAUGGACCACACUAGGUUUAUUGACACUCCAUAAUAAUUCAGCUAAUUCCCAUCGUUUGAUAACAUAGGAAAAUUUAUCUCAGUUUAAGAUAUUCAGGGUAAUGAAAAAAUAGGAAAUAUAAUAUGAAGGGUCAAAUGUUCAACCCAAGUGUCAUGCAAUAAAAAUGUUUUGUUUAAUAUAUUUAUUCUUUACAUUUGAGUUAUGUAUAGAAAAUACAAAGUAUUUUGUGUGUGUGUGUGUGUUUUUUUUAAUAAUUUUAAAACAAUGUUGCGUGUGUACAUAAUUCUACAAUAAACCAAAAAAAUACCACUAGUCAAACAGCUAAAGAAUCAUAAAAUUAAUAAUAAUUCUAUAUAAAUUGCAUAUAAAAUAGCAAACAAUUAUGAAAACAACUAUGUAAUCACAAUACGAAGACAAUGAAAUAUCAUCCAAUGAAUUAUAAGAGCUAUUUACAUAUGUAGAAACUAUGAAUAUGGAUAGGAUGUUGAAAUAUUACCGUUAAAUAUAUACAUUUGUAUGUAUGCCAUUAGAAUACUGAAAAUAUUGUAAACAAACAAUGAAAUGCUUUUAAAUGGGAAUUUACGAGUAUAUGUAAUAUUUGUUAAUACAAUAGAUGCUCUUUUUUUUUGCACGAUAAGUUUAUAUAAGUAUAUAAGUACAAUAUAUAUAGUAUAUAUACAUACAUAUGGAAACCAUAUCAGCAAUAUACAUUUAUAUAUACAUACAAUACAUACAUAUGUAUGAAAAAUA